AUGUUCACCUUCGUGCUCGUGAUCACAACGUUUCUCUUGGCUUGUUGUUCAGCGACGGUCUACAAAGUCGGAGACUCCGGCGGAUGGACGGCGAAAGAAGACGUCUAUUACAGUUGGGCUGAAGGUAAAGAAUUCCACGUCGGAGAUUCUUUGAUCUUCGACUAUGAUCGUAGCGUGAACGACGUCACACAAGUCUCCGGCGCCUUGGAGUACCAAUUCUGCGAUCCCUCUUCUCCUAAAGCCGUCUACAACACGGGACACGAUACCGUAACCCUCACGGAACCUGGAUAUCAUUACUUCGUCAGCUCAAAUCGUGUUCGAUGCUCAUCGGGACAGAGACUCGACAUUCUCGUCGUCCACGACCCGUCGCGUCCGGUUCCUCCACCACCGCCGAGCAAGAUCCUUCCCAUCGGAAAAACCUACAAGGUCGGUGGCUCUAAAGGGUGGAGUGUUCCUCAAGAAAGCGACUUGUACAGCAAGUGGAGCGAGGAGAAGCAGUUUCUUGUUGGAGACAGUCUUGUUUUCGAAUACAACGAGGAAGCCAACGACGUCUUGGAGAUCAGCGGUGAUCUUGAGUUCAAAUAUUGUGACCCGACUUCUCCUGUUGCCGUGCACAAGACGGGUCACGAUCUCGUCACGCUCACCAAACCAGGAGUCCACUAUUUCAUUAGCUCCAAGACGGGUCACUGUGAGGCUGGGCUCAAGCUUCGAGUCGUGGUGGAAACCACACCCGAUGUUCUUCCGAAGUUGCCACCGUUGGACCGUCUCACAAGGUGGUUACGCAGUGUCUUUGGACCCCAUCAUCACUAA